UCAUUAGAAAAAUGGAACUCAACCGAGAACAUUUUCGCGCAAUAAUUUAUUACAACUUUCAGAGACAAUUAUCGCAACAAGAAUGCCCGCCACAUCAGACGACAAUUUCCCGUUGGUAUGGAGAAUUCAAACGUGGACGGGUGAGUCUUAGCGACGAUCCCAGGGUGGGUGCACCAAAAACGCCAGUCACCCAGGAAAACGUCGAUGCUGUGCGCAAACUCAUCAUAAAAUUAGUUUCUUGUUGGAUACCCCACCUGUUGACUGAAGAGCAGAAAGCAGCCAGGGUUAAUUGGUGUCAAAAAACGCUUGACCGUUUCAAUUCCGGAAACUCAAAAAAUGUGUACAGCAUUGUUAGUGGUGAUGAAUCAUGGAUUUACUGUUAUGAACCUGAAAAUAAACGACAGUCGGCUGUUUGGAUGUUCCAAGGUGAAGAAAAGCCAACAAAGGUCAUCCGUUCUCGAAGUGUUUCGAAAAAGAUGCGUCAUAUUGCAACAAUUCCUCUUGAUGAGCAAAGAACUGUUACUGCGGAUUGGUAUACUACCAUUUGUUUGCCAAAAGUCAUCACCGAGCUUCGAAAAAUCAACCCCGAAAGAAGAAUCAUCCUCCACCAAGACAAUGCAAGCUUGCACACAGCUCAAAAAACAAAGCAGGAUUUAACGGAAGAAAACGUGGAAUUAAUAGAUCAUCCUCCAUAUAGUCCCGAUCUAAGUCCGAAUGAUUUCUUUACUUUCCCGCAAAUUAAAAACAGACUGCGUGUCAAAGGUUCCAUUUAA